UACCAUUCAGAGCCGUAUGUAGCCCGUCAGCGCAUUUUUUCAACGUACAUGUAGGUGAAUAUUUUCUUCAUCGGUCUUUCGUACGAGAGAAAGGCAUGCGAACCAGCCCGACAUUCUCCUGUUCGACUAUGGGACGUUAAAAAAAAAUUCUGCGCAUUGCUUCUUGAAAUGCGCAAUGAGUGACACGGCGGCAAUUGCUGAGUUGCAGAAGCUCACGGAAAGAUACCAAUCUCUGAUUUCGAAAUUGAACCUCUCCAAAUCACCAGCGUCGUUCGACGAACAACGUGAGUCUUUUUCCAAAACAGAAGGCAUCAAUAAACUUCUUCAUCGAAUAACGUCAGAAUUGUCUUUUCUGAAUAUACUGGCUGAAAAGGUGAAGGAAAACAACGACACCUUGGAGAGGCAUGCCACACUGUACAACAACUUGGCCUAUUACGAGGCACUAGUUGUUAGGCUAUUGAAAGAACGGCCUGAAAAUGUAGACGCGAUAUUCAAGGUCUAUCAUCUGGAAGAGUCAGAGAUGGCCAAUGAAACGCCCACAAACCACAAUCUCAGCCGCUGCGAGGUCGACAUAGUUUGCAAUGGUGGCGCUAGUUGGAUCAAAAUUAAGGCAAUCAGCUUAGAUAGAAUUAACUGGCUAUGCGAGCACCCUGCGUCGUUCGAACAAGAGGUUUUCAAGUUGGCCAAAAAAUUGGUCAAAACAGCUAGCCAAAACACCGUACAUUAUAGACAUCCCCUUGUCAUCUUCCAUUUCAGUCACGGCGUUACCGCACACCUGGCUCAUCAGUUGCAAAGCAUUGAUAUCCACAUUGAAGGUCUUAUUACUAAAUGCUCUUGUCACGAACUUUCCGUCAACAGCAACCAAUUAGGUCUUUCUGACUAUCCAAAUUCUCGCUGCUUGUCCGAAGUCGGCAUCCAGACUCCAACUUGCGUCAAUUUUGACGUGACGUCCUUGAUUUAUCUAACUAGUGACAUCACGAAUGGAGAGAACGACUAUUAUUACAAAAAUAAAGUGCUGGGACAACAGGCUCUAGAAGAGCGGACGGCGCCAUCCCUCAGCAAAUUUAAACAAUUCCUAAAGGGGAAAAGGCUUAUCACGACAGAAGCAGCGUACGAAAAAUUCAUGGAAAUACUAAAUCUUCUAGGGGGAACCAAAGAGAAAUCAAGAGCACAAAAUAUUUUGAAAGAUAUAGAAAUUGUCCCAAAUAAUCCCUCAAAGGAUAUCCUUCUGUUAAAGGGGCGCAAAAUUACGCAGCUAAAUCAGAUCAUCUUCGGUACAGCUAUAUCUAUAAUGGCCACAACUGCAACAUCGAAUUCAGUCUUUGUAAGGUCUAUUAGAGAAAAAAGAAUUAUGUUGUCUGUAUAUCUUCAUCCUGCUAGAGCGCUCACGGAAACUAGUGCUUUGCCAAAACGUAACUGAAUACAUUCUUGCGGUUCGUAUUCAGAAAUGACCAAUGAAAGCAUCAUGGCUGAAAUUGUAAAUCCUGUACCCAAAACAACAAACCACCACAUUUUGUCAAACACCAAGCAACUGAAUUGCUCAAAAUUUGAUGCACCGGUCUACAUCAUUCGCCUAGAAAACCUGCGCUAUUCGUGCGUCGCAAAAAAUAAAGACCUUGGUGAUGUGUUGACA